AUGCUUGGGAAAUAUCUUGGAAUUACUUCGGCCCUUCUGGUUGGAUCGGUUGUCGGAAUUGACCUUCAAAUCAAUGAGGAGUCUCUUAAGGAUGCGGCAGCAACUGCGGCGUUUAACACCAUGUUGAAUUACACCUCGAACACCACAGGCCACAUCCCAGGCUACAUCAGCGAGAAGUGGUGGGAAGGUGGUGCGCUAUUCCAGACCAUGAUUGAAUAUUGGUACGUGACUGGGGACACUUCCAACAACCCUGCAGUGAGCCAGGGUAUGUACUGGCAGCGGGGAGACAACAAUUACUUCCCCGCUAACUUCAGUGCGUACUUGGGCAACGACGACCAGAUGGCGUGGGGUCUGGCGGCGAUGACCGCGGCCGAGCUGGGAUAUCCCCAGGAGACCUCAAUGCCUUCUUGGCUCACUCUCGCCGAAGGUGUCUUCCAAGCCCAAGUCCGACGCUGGGAUUCCCAGUCCUGCGGGGGUGGCUUACACUGGCAGAUCUUCCCUUACCAGGUUGGGUAUAACAUCAAGAAUGCCAUCAGCAAUGGGGGGCUUUUCCAACUAUCGGCUCGAUUGGCUCGAUAUACUCAGAACCAGACCUACUCUGACUGGGCCGAGAAGAUCUGGGACUGGAGUGUCCGUGUCCCCAUCCUGGAUACACAUCGCUGGACGAUUGCCGAUUCGAUUGGGAUCAACGAUCAAUGUGCCCCCACCUCCAAGAUUCAGUGGACGUCGAAUUAUGGACCCUAUCUAAGCGGGGCCGCCUACAUGUACAAUGUGACACAAGGGACAACAUCCAAAUGGAAAUCUGGUCUUGAUGGUCUUCUUAAUACUACCCUGAACAUUUUUUUCCCCGAGCAGUACGGAGGGAAUAUUAUGGUGGAGAUCGCCUGCGAGCCGCGGGAUGUUUGUGAUACCAACCAGGAGGAUUUCAAGGGUCUUUUAGCCUCGGAUCUAGCCUCGGUGACAAUUCUGGCUCCCUACACAGCACCGCAGAUCCGACCUAAAUUGCAAGGAUCGGCCGUUGGAGCCGCAAAGCAGUGCAUCGGGGGAGCAGAUCAGACCCUCUGUGGGCAGCGGUGGUAUCCGUCGCCAUGGGAGAGUGCCGAUUUGGAGACGCAGCUGAGCGCCACCAGUCUCUUCACAUCCAAUUUGGUGGCUUUCGCAGACGUGCAACUCGCCACGCAGGCGACUUCCAGCCAGAAUGGAUCCAGUGCAGAGAGCCAAGCUGGUACUACGAGCAAUACCAUGAGUAGCACCAGUAGCACCGCCAGUACCACCAGCACUGACCGGCCUAACGGAGCAGCAGUCAUCCCGAGAAGCCUGUGGGUUGUAAAUGUGUUGAUUCUCGGACAAUUGGGGCUCUAA